UAAAUUCGUACUGUAUGUUUUUGUACGAAGAUUACGAUUAUCGUACGAACAGUACAAAGCUUCGUCGAACAACCACUUUAGCAGGAAACAACAGACGACGCCAACAACAUCUCUAAAGGGAGGCUUGGUUGGUGUGUGUGUGCGUGUCCGGCAAGAUCGUUUCGCAUCCUUUAUUCCUUUGUGUAUAACGAACUGUAGCAAAAACCAAAGACUGAAACGUAGCGUUGCCUGUCCGACACGGCACGAUAGCAUAUUACACGACACGACACGACACGACACGACACGACACGACACCACACGACACCACACGGCGUGAACGACAAGCACAACAUGUGCAUUGCCUUUUUCGUAUGGACGGAACAUCGAUUCUUGGUGUGCCACAACCGCGACGAGUAUUUUUCCAGACCGACCACCGGCACGGAGUGGUGGCCGAACGAAUCGACCUCCGGCAACGACCGCCAGAGCUUUCGGAUCCUCGCUCCCCGCGACGGGGUGUCCGGUGGGACGUGGUUCGGAUACGAACAAACCACGGGGCGGUGUGCCUUUCUCACAAACAUCGACGGCGCUACCGACAGCGGUAGCACAAAACGCACGCACGCGUCCUCGCGGGGGGAGAUCGUGGUGAACUACCUGAGGAGCGAUCCCUCGUGCUCCGCCCUGGACUACCUCCGGCGCGAAUUCGGUUGCGGCGAUGGCGCCGACGUUGCUGUCACCGGCAACACCGGCUGUGGGUACUACGCGGGAUUCAACCUUGUCGUCUUUUCCGGCCGCGACCUCGCAUACGUUUCGAACAGGGGUGGAGGCAUCGGCAUAAGCAUCGGCAACACCAACCACCGCACCGGUCCCGUGGCUCUGGAGCAGGGAAGGCACUAUGGGUUGUCGAACAGCCUCCUGCAUCAACCCCUCCCCAAAGUUCGCGAGGGAUUGGAACUCUUUCGAACCGCCGUUCAUCGGUCCAACAGCGUCUACAGGGAUAGCUAUAUCGGCAUCAAUACCGGUGAACAACCCCGCUGCCGGCACAAAAUAGACGAUCCAGACGACAACAAGGACGACGAAAACCGUUUGUUCCAAGAACUGAAAGAACUGAUGCGGCACGCGGGGCCCUCGCAUCGACCAGAGGGGGUUGCGCACAACUCGUCGCUGCUGUUAUCCGACGCUUCCUCCGAGGGGGAAAGGACCCCGGGGGAAAAAAGGCUGGAGCGCCGCCGGAGCAGCAUCUGCGUCCCAAUCGACGACACCGAGUACGGGACGCGAACCACCAUCCGGUUCCUGCUCCAGACCAACCAGCAAGAGCCACGGCUCCUGCGAUGGACCGAGCAACACCGGAACCCGGACACACUCGAUUGGGAGGGCUGCCUCGAAUUCGGCUGCGAGAGCUCUUUGUAAAGGGUAGUGAUGUGCCUGCGGGGAGGCGUUGCCCUUUCCCUCUCUUUCUCCCGCUGUGCUCCUCUACCCCAUAGCUUCGUGCUUUUGUGUGAAGAAAAUGUCGACAUCCAAACCAUGAUCGGAUCUGCGUGUGCGAAUGCAUCGUGGAUGCGAAAUUCUCACUCCAGAAGACAAAAUUCUGGCGAGCAUCGAAUAAUAGGCAUCCACUCUCCGCACAGAAAAGCACACGGCACCUGGUGUGAGCUAAUAGAUCAAAUGGGCCUGAAAUGGCAGGAAUCAUCUUCGUCAUAGAAUCAGAGAUGACUUAUUUGAUACGGCAACACUUUACUCAAAAAUGUGCAGGAUACCAAUUACGAAGGACUUUGUAGAGUUUCUCCGUCUCCACAUGUUACCCAUUGGGGAUUGAGAUAGGAUGCUAAUGGGGGUUAUCAGUACUACUACUAGGAGUCCACAAUGCUAAGGUCCAUAUCCAAAAAGAUCUGGAACAGUGGGUCCGUGUGAGCUGCCACUAGUAGGUGAUUGUAUCCCAUUCAAAAAUCAUGUACUCAAUCAGGUAUAGUAACAAUUUCCAAAGAGCACCGUAUUUGAGGCAUUCUGUUACUGUUUUAUAUUUUGCAUGAGUAGUUAUUGUUUCGUGGAAGUGACAUGGUUUUCUGCUUUUGCCUUUCAGUGGACUUGUUUCUUUUUUCAGUUUGUUUCCAACUGUGGCGGUACAACACCUAUAACCUUAACCUUAAUUCUGCAUCAACAAGUUUCGACGAGAUUGUAUGCCCUGAUUGUAUGUACGUACGGUACGUACGGUAUUAUUUCGAAGUACCUCGUGCUUGCUCUACAAAGUAAAGUACACUGUUUGUA